CUUCUCACACGGCAGCACAGCGGGUGCCGGGCCCACAGAGGGUGAGCAUCGCCGCUCCAUCUUCCUGCGCUUCUCCAGAACGCCUGCUCGCGGUGGGACGUGGAGGUUCAGGUCAGCUUGGAUCAUCGGGACUCGGCGGGAUCCCAUCAGUGUAAGAUCCUCUGACCUGUAGCAAUGGGAAGACCCAAGAAGGAAUCAGCUGGCACACGAUCCCCCCGACCGGCCACAACCGCCCCCAAAACUGCCCCUGCCGCCGCCCCGCCUUCCACUUCAGCCACCCGCGCCAAAGCCGCUGCUGCAGGGAGCCAGUCCCGAGGCACUUCGGCUCCCAAGGCUACCGCCCCCACGCAGGGACGGAGAACAAAGGCGGACUCAGCUCAGCCAAGAUCCACAGCAUCCGGAGGAGAUGCUGGGGAGAAGAGCAGAGCACCCACCAGGAGUUCUACAACCCAGAAGGCGCCUGAUGCCAAGGGAGCUGCUGGUCCUGCCAGAACUGACCUGUGUCAGCCUGGGGCUGACCUGAGCAAGUCCUACGACCAGCUCCUACCCCCUCUGAAGAGCCAGGAUAUCCUGAGGGUGGAGAAGGAGACCCGGGGCCAGAGGGAAAACCCCAAGUGGUAUGAGGCGCGGAAGAACCACAUCACUGCCUCCGUGGCCCCCAAAAUUGCCAACAGCAGGUUUGCCAACAGCAAGACAGACGAGGUGCCCAAGUCCUACCUAAAAGAAGUAGUGGGCUCUGGCUCCAAGGUGCAGACCCCAGCCAUGUCCUGGGGGAUCCGCAAUGAGAAGGCGGCUGUGGAGGCCUACAAGGAGAAAUCACAGAAGGGGGGCAAGCCAGUGCAAGUGGAGGACUGUGGCCUUUUCAUUCACCCGGAGAAGCAGUGGCUUGCUGCCAGCCCAGAUGGGAUCAUCAAGGAUCCAGCCACAGGGAAGGACCUGGGGCUGUUGGAAGUGAAGUGUCCCUACAAGCACAGGAACAGGACGGUGCGUGCGGCCUGCAAGUACAAGGACUUCUGCCUGGAGGUGGAUGGGGAUUCCUAUGCCCUGAAGAAGAAUCAUCCCUACUUUACCCAGGUCCAGUGCCAGCUGGGAACCACUGGCUUCCAGCGGGCCGACUUCGUGGUACACACCAACAAGGAGACGGCUGUGGUCCCCGUGGAGUUUGAUGGGGAGUUUUGGGGGAAGACAGUGCCCAAGCUGGAGAAGUUUUACACGGAGGCAGUGAUUCCCUACCUGGAGCAGAAGGCAGGCAGCUCUGUCUACGCCAAGGAGGAAUAGACCACUGCCUGCUUACCUCCGCUGGAUACUUGCUUGGCUGCAUAACUCCAGCUUUGUCCUCUAGCAUAGAAGUUACACCCAGAAGUUACACGGGUUAGUUGCUAUUCCUGAACUGUUCACAGCCUUGGAACUGAAAAGUUGUACCAGCAGGACCCAGUUUGGUUAGGGUCCCCACAAACAGUGCCUUUUUGCUGCCCCAACCAGGUCAGCACUCAGCCCUCAGACAGAGCCUUCUUGUCCUGUCACCCUCACUGCAUCCCCCACCUGUCCCAACAGCAUGCCUCAUGGAAGCUGGCACACCUCCUGAUCUGCAAAUGAAGCCAGUGAUAUCUCUGUAUUGGAAUUAGAGGCUUAUUUUGUGGACAAAACUGGAACCUUUGUUAUUCAGUUGCUGUUGGGACUAGUUUCUAACUGCACUCCAGAGUGGAGACAGACAAGAAAGGUUUGUCAGAGCCCAAGAGCAAAACUCUUCUUUUGAGCUAAACAGUGAUAUGCCUUAAGCAUCAGAGCAAGGGCACAUGGACACCCUUCCUCCCUGAGCCAUCGGACCUGCUGCUUCUGUGGAAUAACCCAUGACAUUCCCUGUGAGAUGCCUGCAGGCUCUGAAACACGAUUCCCACUGGAGAGGUUGUCCCCCAGGCCAUGCACCCCCUAAGAACCUACCCAUGGAGCAUCCCUGUAAACUGCAGCAGCGUGAGGAGGUGGUCAUUGCCAAAUUAAAUAUAGAUGCACUGGUC